GUUUACUUAAGGACAGUAUUGUUGUGAAACUAGAGAAGCACAAAUUCUAACUUAUAGCUGGCAAAAUGUCACUGUUGGUUAUAGUCUUCUUGCUGGUCCUUAUAAAACCCAUUGCUGGUGGAUGUCCACCAUCAUCAGGUAUUUACUUGAUGCAUAGAGGAGAGUGCUAUCCCAAUGGAUCAUACUUUCAUGAUGCAGCCAUCAGAACACACUACCUGAUGUGUGUAGCCCCUGGAUCUACUCUGAAUGGUGGACAGUGGGUUAGAGCUAUUGAUGGAGAUCCUGUUACCUGUGGCAGCAACAGUGACACUGAUCCAUUUCGCUGUAAUAGUCUAGCCUCACCAAAUGCUAGUCUAAGCCUGUACUUACCAGAUGGACAAUCUCUUUUGUCUGAAAGAGAAGGAUUUUAUAAGUGCUGUUUACCUACUGGUUGUUCAGAUCUCAAUACUAAUAUUAUUACUGCUAGUAUAUUUAGGUGGGCUCAGAUUGCUGAGAUCAAAUUUGAACUCCUUUCAGAUAUGACAAUGCUACCACAGCAAUAUGCAUUGCAUGCCAUCAAGAUUGGUCAAAUGGAUCAUGUAUUUUUACUAGCUGCUACUUGGUAUUUCGAGACUGGAGAUAAUAGCAGCAACCUUACUAGUGUAUGCAAUCAGCAGCAAAACAAUUGUACUGUUGGUUCUGGAGUACUAUUGCAUACAAUUAAUGGAACAUAUGAUUAUAAUGUAACUAUUACAUGGAAUGGAGAGAAUAAUAAUAGUGGAAUUUUGAAUCAAGCAAACAGCAAUGGUGAUAAUGUAUUUAGAUUUUAUUUACAGUUUGGCGUUUCCCAUGAGAAUGUUGUUAGGAAUCGUUAUUAUACAGUUACUGUUCCUGCAUCAACUCCAUCUAAUUUAAGUAUCACUAGUGAAACGACUUCAACCAUAUCACUUUCUUGGAAUGCACUUGGAUCAAUUGAUGCUGAUGGAUAUGUAGUCAAUGUUACCAUAGGCACAAGUAUCAUUCAGACAGUGCAAAUAGAGGGAGGAAAUAGUAAUAAAACAACACUGAAGGGCCUAGCAUCUGGAACCAUCUACAAUAUAACUGUAAGAGCAUAUCAGCAAUUACUGGGACCAGGUAGUAGUGCAAUAUUGGGGCAAACAUUACUAGUAAUUCAGUCAAUUAAUUGGACAUUGGUUUCAUCAAUUAGACAACUUAGUCAAACUGUGUAUCGUAUUGAUUGCAUUGUAACUACUGAAAUAGAUCCGUUGAUUGAUAUACACUGGUUAGUCAAUGGAGAUAUAAAGAACAGCUCAAUGUUUACAUUACUUAAUGAUGAAACUUACAACAUUUCCUUAUUGAUAAAUCCUGAUCCACUGGGAGUGUCUGUUAAUGUAUCUUGUGUGGCAAAAAAUGAUGGACGUGCCUACAGUAAAUUUGUAAAAUUACAUGCUCCUACUGGACCCCCAAGUGAUGUUCAAGCAUUCAUACUAGAUAAUGAUAGCAUUAAAGUCAAUUGGACUUCAUCUGGAAAUAACAAUGGCUUUGCUAUUGAGUACAUUACAAAAGAUGGGAGCAGUAAUGUGACCCUCACCAGAGAAUUUGAAAUCACAUUAUAUCUACCAAUGAAUACUUAUUUUAUAAUUGUAUACUCAUAUGUUGAUCUUCCUUCUAUCAAUGGCACAUCUACAAUGAUAAUGUUUGAUAUUCCCAGUCCAAUAACAAGUUUUGUAAUAUUCAAUAUCUCAAGCAGUAAUGCUACACUGAAGUGGACUAAUGAAAAUAGAAGCUAUAUCACAUAUUAUGUAGUCUCCCUUACUCCAUCAUGCUUUGAAAUUUCACCUAUAAACAAAAUAAUUUCUGUCAAUCCUCAUGAGUCCACCAGUAUCUACAACAUUACAUUUAGUGCUCUAUACAGUGGUAUGGACUACACUGCUAAAGUGAGGGCUGGUAACGUACUAGGAGAAUCAAACUCAAAAACGCUAAAUUUUAGUACUAUAUCAACAAUUCCUUUAGGUGAACCAAACAAUAUUCUUUCAAAUAAAACACACAACUGGAUAACAUGGGAUGAGGUCAAUUGCUCUAUGCUUAACGGUAGACUAAUAGAGUACACGGUGAUGAUUACUGGUGUUGCACACACUACUGAGGAAUAUUUUAAUAUAUAUAAUUUAUUAUUUCUCACUGUGUACAACAUUAGUAUAGCUGCCACAAAUUCUGCUGGAACAGGACCUUUUAGUGCUCCAAUUACGUACAUUGUGCAAGAGCCUAAACAAGUCAAUUUAAUAUUAAGUGUCAUGGGAACUACAUGGGCUUUUAUUUCAUGGAGUGCCCCAAACAACAUGCCUAUUCUAUAUUAUGAAGUAAAGUAUAAUGCUUCUGAGUCAGAUAACUGUUCAUCAAUGUCAAUGAGGCUCACUACUGAUUCUUAUUACUCUACUAUAUCUAGUGCAGAUACUUAUGUCAAUAUAACAGGUUUGACAGCUAAUACUUUGUAUUGCUUUGCUGUGCGGACAUAUGUCAAUGGAUAUGGGGAAUGGAGUAUCUUAGCUAAUAAGACACUUUUAACAUUAAAUAAUUCUAACAAUGCUUCAGGGUCUGAUAACAUCUUUGUUGGACUUGGUGUUUCAACUGGUGUGUUGCUAUUACUUUUAGUAGCCAGUAUUACCAUUAAUAUAAUGUUCAUCAUAAUAAAAUGUAAAAGCCAGGCAGAGCAGAAUGUUGAACGUGAUGAGCCCAAUCAUAUUAAUAUGCAAGUCUGUGAACCAUACAUGAUUAAAACCUCUCCAUCACAAGAUCAGAAUUUUGAGCAAGAAACUUCUGAGCAAGAAGACUUAUAUGUUUACGUGCCAAAUUAAUAAAGGGCAAAGGCUCUGGCUUUAUAUAAUAUGACUACCGGGUACAUACAUGGUGCGGUUUUAUAGUUUGUUUUGUGGAAUAAAUUAAA